AUGCCGCCCUUUAUCAAUAAUCCGUUACCCUCUUCUAUGCGAAGCGAGUGCAAAAAAUGCGGUCGCAUCCUCGCAUCCUUCAUCGAUCCGCGACAAGCCUUUGGCCCGGACAAGAUCAUCCCUCCUAACAUCCUCGCCAAUGCGAAAGGUCUUGCGAUUCUCACGGUGUUCAAAGCUGGCUUCUUGGGGUCAGGGAGGUUUGGGAGUGGUGUCGUGGUUGCGAGGUUGAGCGAUGGGACAUGGUCCGCCCCUUCAGCAAUAGGAACAGUAGGCGGCGGCUUCGGCGGCCAAAUCGGCUUCGAAAUCACCGACUUCGUCUUCAUCCUCAACGACGCCAGCGCGGUAAAAACCUUCGCCCAAGUCGGCUCCCUCACCCUCGGGGGCAACGUCUCCAUCGCCGCAGGGCCCGUAGGUCGGAAUGCCGAAGCCGCUGGUGCUGCAUCUCUGAAAUCCGUCUCCGGUAUCUUCGCUUACUCGAAGACGAAAGGACUCUUUGCCGGUGUGUCGUUGGAGGGGUCCGUGCUUAUCGAACGGAGAGAUGCGAAUCAGAAAAUGUAUAAUCAGAAAUUGACUGCGCGAGAACUCCUAGGUGGAUCGAUUCCUGUGCCGCCACAAGCAGAACCAUUGACGAGAAUACUGAACUCCCGCGUCUUCGCCGGCGUGGGCGGGAGUUUCAAGGGCGAAGACGCAAUGUACAACGACGUCCCAGUCUACGACGACAGCCACGAAGACGUCGUCUGGCAAGGCUCUCGCGGCUCCGCAUUCGGCGAAGGAGUCCGAACAGAUCGCACCGGAACGGGCACGCCUUUGACCAGCGAGAUGGACGGGGGUGGGUUCGGCCAGCCGAAUCGAGCAAGUACAUGGCAAGACGACCCCUACGACCGCGCCCAGAACCAAUACAGCCGGGCCAACCCGGGCGAAACUUUCGACCGUCUGGAAAACUCCCGUCAGCGCUCUUCUACCAUAGGAGAUCAAUCAGAUUACUCCUACUCCGACCACAAGGGUCCCGCGCCCGGCCGACCCUCGGCUCCCAAACCGGCGUUUGCGUCGAAACCGAGUUUUGGCGCCAAAGGUGCUGCGGUGGCGGGACCGGGACAGGCGGUCGCGAAGUUCACGUUCGAUGCUGAUCAGCCCGGGGAUUUGGGGUUUAAGAAGGGCGAGGUGAUUACGAUCGUGAAGAGGACUGAGAGUGAGAGUGAUUGGUGGACGGGGAGGAUUGGGGGGCGCGAGGGGAUUUUUCCGAGUAACUAUGUGGAGGUUGUUUAG